AACUAUGAACCAUCAAUCUCUCGUCUCUCCUUCAGGACAGGUUGGUGAAGAGCGUCGGCUGGCCUGGAUCACAUAGGCGGCGGGGUGGGUGGGAGGAAGAGGAAGAGGAAGGAAGGAGAGAUGGUGAGGGAGAAGAUUCAGAUAAAGAAGAUAGACAACACGGCGGCGAGGCAGGUGACCUUUUCCAAGAGGCGGAGGGGUUUGUUCAAGAAGGCUGCGGAGCUGUCGGUUCUCUGUGAUGCCGACGUCGCCCUCAUCGUCUUCUCCUCCACCGGUAAACUCUUCGAGUUCUGCAACUCCAGCAUGAAGAAGAUCAUUGACAAGCAUAGUACUCAUUCCAAGAACCUAGAGAAACAUGAUCAGCCCUUCCUCGACUUGAAUUUAGACAACAACAAUUAUGCAAGUCUAAAGAAACAAGUUGCAGAAGCAAGCCUGCAACUGAGGCAGAUGAGAGGGGAGGCACUUGAAAAGCUCACAGUAGAGGAGCUACAGCAGCUGGAGAAAACCCUUGAAGCAGGAUUAGGUCGCGUGAUGGACAGAAAGGGUGCACAGUUCACGCAACAGAUUAAUUCUCUUCAACAAAAGGCAGCAAAACUGGCUGAAGAAAAUGUGCGGCUAAGACGACGUGUGUUGGAGAUGCCCAACAUGGGGAAACAGGUGAUGGCUGAUAAAGACAACGUUGUCAAUGAAGAUGGACAAUCCUCUGAAUCUGUCACUAAUGCCUCACACUCGGGAGGGCCGCAGGAAUGUGAUGAUAGCUCUGUCACCUCUCUCAAACUAGGGCUACCUUACUGCUAACUGAAACCAUGAACAGCUAGUGCUGGAAGAGGUCUUGUUUGCUGUGUAACUGAGGAGCAUCUCUGCAGCCAUCAGAUCUGGAAUAUCUGAGUUGUAGAAUAAUGUUAGGGGGACUACUGCUCCAACAGUAGGAGCAUUGCAGUAAUGUCAUUUGAUUCAGAUGCUUUGUGGAUUGUUUACUGUUCAACAUUGUCCUCUCUGCUUGUUAAUGGAUUUAUGAUA